GUGGGAGUACUUGUGAGGGAGGCGUCCAGUAAAUGCCUCACAGGGCGGGGGGAAUGACUUCCUCAACGUUGCCCGAGGAAGGGAGUGCAGGGGCUGGAGGCAGCCUUCUGUCGAGAUAGGUUAAAAUGAAAGGGAGUGGAACGGCAACAAUAAAAAAACUGCUAUAUGUAAUUCCUGGAAAGGUUAUCGGCCUGGAAUUCCUGUUCCCUUUUUGCAUGUGGUUGUCUAACAUCAUUAGGGGCGUGCACUCUAUAUAUGCUCAGAGGCGCUCUUUUCCUCGUGAUGUGUCCUAUUUCAAGGUUGAGGCUUGGCAAUUAAAGCGGGCCCUGGAUCUGAGCCCUGGUGACAUGCUCUGUCAGUCUGGAAACGUGACAAGUGGUAGAUUAAAUAACAUGGAGUCCCUCCUGUGAUGAAAGCAUCAGCACUGGAAUGGCAAUAGCUGGAGUGAUUUUACUUGCAAAGAGUGUUAAAUUGACAAACAAAUUCACAAAUGCUUUGGAAAUACCACUAGAAUUUAUAGAGAAGAAUGUUAAGCUACGAGGACGAUUACACCGAAUAAGUGAUCAAGGAUUAGAAAUUGAACAUGUUCCCAUUACACUUCCAAUCAUUUCAUCUUUGCAGAGAAGAUGGCAUUCAGAUGGUUUUUUGGUGAUCAGACUUGCUGGUGUGGAGAUGACAGCAGAUGGCACAGCCUGGUUACAAGAAGAGAUAAAACCCUCACAGAUGAUGUGGUUCCAACUUCUGGGAAGGGAGGACUCAGCGCUUGAUUGCCUUGUGGUAGUAAAUAAGGGUAGAUUUUCCAGUGUCUGUCUGAAUGAAGAAAUCCUGAGACAAGGGCUUGGCAAGACAGUCCAUAUUGAUGGACUAGCUCACGAAUCCCAAGUAUACUGGAAACUUCACAAGAGGCUGCUUCAGGCUGAACUGAAAGCUGUGAAGAAAAAGAAAGGAAUCUGGAAAGAAGAAACAUUAACUGAGAAACUUAAAGAGCAUAUCAGCAAUAACAAAUAUAUGCAGAAGCUAAAACAAUUUGCAGCCUGGCUAAGAAUCCGCCUCUAAAAGCAAUGGGUUUUGUUGAAGGGAAAAACACACACACCAGAUGGACAAGGAUGCAAUGUUGUCUUUUCCUUCUGUCAGAAUAUUACAACUGAUGCCUGGCCUUCAGUUGAUGCCUUUUGCCUUAGGGGAAGAAAAUGGAACAUCACAGAAAAUGUUUCUUGAGGAGACACAUACACAUAUCAUAUUUAGAUAUUGGUAUAAUAAGAAUAGACCAAUAUAAAUUUUUUUGUUUUAAAAAAUAAGCCCAAAGCUAGGCAGCAUACAUGGCCAGCAAAAGAAGCAAACGUAAAACUCUUGCACAGACGGAAGUGUUGAGGAUGUGUCUCUCUGUGGCUGCUGUCUUGCAGGAGUCAGUUCUGCUGCAGUCAUGGGACACCUGAACUGGGCAGCAGAGAGAGCAAAGAAACAACAUCCGUGGGAGGUUGUGAGUAGAACUUAGGCUCAGUUAACAUGAGCCUCUCAGCCUAUGGCAGCCACAAUUCUUAAUCAGCUAGUGCUGAUUUCUCUGACUGCAUCAGCCUGUGGUGAGGGAGUAAUGCAUCCCAUGUACUGAUCUUAGCUCAGACUGAUGGAAGUUUUCUGGGUUAAAUUUAGUCCUUGGCAACAGCAUUAGCAUUACAACUUUGCUGCAAGCUGCUGCAGUUUGAAAUUGGUACUGGCUGACUGAUAUCCAUGGCUGCUGUCAACUCAAAAUGUUGUGUGAAUUUACUCUUGUGCUUGAUAGCCUCUGUUCUACUGAUAUUACAAGUAUCCAUUGUAUGGUAAUCAAGCUGUAAACAUCAACUUUGCAGUUCUUGAUUUUUGUUCCUGGGAUUAUACCAGUACUAUUCAAGAAGGAUAAUACACUUGACUCUGGUUGUAUUCUGAGCUCUCUUUCUACUGCAACUGAGUGGGGUACUGCACCAUGUUUAAACUGUCUGUGUGUUGUAAUUAUUUGGCUAAAAUCCAUUGAACCAUAUGUGGAAAUCGCUUCACAUAAAGAGCUUCCUGUCCUGUGUUGGGCAGUGCCUACAUGGUGGCAUUACAAACCACCAUCCAGAUAGUUGCCACAUGUGUGAGUUAGGCCUUGUUAAUUUCAUAGGGGCUAAACAGAUGUAAGAGCAAGUGACUCUGCUUCUGUGGUUUAUGGACCACUUUCUAAGAUUGCAAUGCUUAGUAUACUUGCUUCCAAGUUUCAUUGAAAUGAAGAAUUUGUAUUCAAGGCUUUGUGUACCAGAUUGUAAUGCAAGUUAGUUGCUGACCUUCAUUAUGUAUUCCUGCCAAGAUUAAUUGACCUGAUCAUAAGAUGUGAGCACUUGACUCUAUUUACUUUGGUGGAACAUUAUGUAUUGCUGUUUGUUCUGAACCAUUUAUUUAUCUGCUUAACUAGAAUUUGGUGACCUGAUGAUAAAGCUACUAUUUUAAUCUUGCCAAAAAUCCAGAAAAUGGUAAUAUUUUACAUGGAGAAUUAGAUAGACUAGUUUUUCCUCUUGCUGUUUAUAUAUAAUCUUAGCAGAUCAGUCCCUUAAAAGGAAUAUAUCUCAUAUAUUCCUUAAAAACUUAACCUAUUUAAUUACUAAUCCGUUAAUAACUUUUAACAAAUGGAGUUUUUUCUUUUCUUUGGGGUGCUCACUAAUGUUUGUGACUUAGCCUUACAGCUAAAAGCAUGGUAUGUACAUGCAGAGAGCUUCUAUUACUGUUUCUGACAGAUAGACCUCACACACAAAAUAUGUGAUUGCCAACAAUGGAGGAGCCCUUUUCGUGAGCCUGCAUCUCAGUAUUGUAGCUUAUAUCUUGUUGAAGGGAUAAAUCAACUGCUAGUACUAUAUUAUUUGAGUCUGCUGUUAUUGUUUAUAACUCCUAAUAAUUAGUACUGCAAGCAUGGAUGUAUCUA